CUGCCUCUUAAGUCUCUUUUCUGUGAUCCGUUCAUACUCGGCAUGUAAAAGGCCGCCGCUCUUUGCUCUGGGAUAAGUACCUAAGGCAUUUACUUAAAAACACCCAAGUCUAGAGAAAUAAUUUUUUUGUGUUUAGGGCACCAUUUCCUUUCCCAAGGUAUUGCACCCCAGGCUUGGGAUCUGGGUCCGCAGGCUACAGGGAAGAGUUCGGUACGGGAAGCUCAUCCUCCCACUCUCUGAUUGGCCGGCUCGCAUUCCACUCACGCGGCUCGCGUCUCUGAUUGGCCUCCAUGGCACUCCCCUCGGCCCGCGACUACUUUGUGUGCCUGGGCUGCGCGAUCAGGUCCUCCGGCUCAGCUCGCCGUCUGGGCUUGACUGGUCUAGCUCUUCGGCCCACUGCUCUGCAUCGCGGGCGCCAGGAAUUUCCCGAGUCCGAGCGUUGGUAAUUUUAGUGACCCAGAUUCAAGCAGUAAUAUCUUCCAUUGGAAAUAUGUGAUUUCGUCAUCUUAUGUUCUAGGGGAAGAAAGCAUGUAGAGUCCAUGAAGCACAGGACAAUAAAGCUUCCUACUCAUACCACCAGGAGGAUCUCUUGGAAAGAGUCAUCACAGGACUACCAGAGAGACUAAUUUGUCUGAAGCAUCAUGUGUUGAAAGAACAGAAGGCUACUACCUUUGCACUCGCUAGAAAUAGAGUGACGAUGUUUUCAAUUCCUUGAGUUCCAGGAACCCAGGAGAGUGAACUGAAACUCUGAAAAUGCGGCCAUGGACUGGUUCCUGGCGUUGGAUUAUGCUCAUUCUUUUUGCCUGGGGGACCUUGCUAUUUUAUAUAGGUGGUCACUUGGUACGAGAUAAUGACCACCCUGAUCACUCUAGCCGAGAACUGUCCAAGAUUUUGGCAAAGCUUGAACGCUUAAAACAGCAGAAUGAAGACUUGAGACGAAUGGCUGAAUCUCUCCGAAUACCAGAAGGCCCCAUUGAUCAGGGGCCAGCUUCAGGAAGGGUUCGUGCUUUAGAAGAGCAGCUUGUGAAGGCCAAAGAACAGAUUGAAAAUUAUAAGAAGCAAACUAGAAAUGGUCUUGGGAAGGAUCAUGAAGUCCUAAGGAGGAGGAUUGAAAAUGGAGCUAAAGAGCUCUGGUUUUUUCUACAAAGUGAGUUGAAGAAAUUAAAGAAUUUAGAAGGAAAUGAACUCCAAAGACAUGCAGAUGAAUUUCUGUCAGAUUUGGGACAUCAUGAAAGGUCUAUAAUGACGGAUUUAUACUACCUCAGUCAAACAGAUGGAGCAGGUGAUUGGCGGGAAAAAGAGGCCAAAGAUCUGACAGAGCUGGUCCAGCGGAGAAUAACAUAUCUUCAGAAUCCCAAGGACUGCAGCAAAGCCAAGAAACUAGUGUGUAAUAUCAACAAAGGCUGUGGCUAUGGCUGUCAGCUCCAUCACGUGGUCUACUGCUUCAUGAUUGCAUAUGGCACCCAGCGAACACUCAUCUUGGAAUCUCACAAUUGGCGCUAUGCUACUGGGGGAUGGGAAACUGUGUUUAGACCUGUAAGUGAGACCUGCACAGACAGAUCUGGCAUCUCCACUGGACACUGGUCAGGUGAAGUAAAGGACAAAAACGUUCAGGUGGUUGAGCUCCCCAUUGUAGACAGUCUUCAUCCUCGUCCUCCAUAUUUACCCCUGGCUGUACCAGAAGACCUUGCAGAUCGACUUGUACGAGUCCAUGGUGAUCCUGCAGUGUGGUGGGUGUCCCAGUUUGUCAAAUACUUGAUCCGCCCACAACCUUGGCUGGAAAAAGAAAUAGAAGAGGCCACCAGGAAGCUAGGCUUCAAACAUCCAGUUAUUGGAGUCCAUGUCAGACGCACAGACAAAGUGGGAACAGAAGCAGCCUUCCACCCCAUUGAGGAAUACAUGGUACAUGUUGAAGAACAUUUUCAGCUUCUUGCUCGCAGAAUGCAAGUGGAUAAAAAAAGAGUAUAUUUGGCCACAGAUGACCCUUCUUUAUUAAAGGAGGCAAAAACAAAGUACCCCAGUUAUGAAUUUAUUAGUGAUAACUCUAUCUCUUGGUCAGCCGGACUACAUAAUCGAUACACAGAAAAUUCACUUCGAGGUGUGAUCCUGGAUAUACACUUUCUCUCCCAGGCAGACUUCCUAGUGUGUACUUUUUCAUCCCAGGUCUGUCGAGUUGCUUAUGAAAUCAUGCAGACACUGCAUCCCGAUGCCUCUGCAAACUUCCAUUCUUUGGAUGACAUCUACUAUUUUGGAGGUCAAAAUGCCCACAACCAGAUUGCCAUUUAUCCUCACCAACCUCGAACUGCAGAUGAAAUCCCCAUGGAACCUGGAGAUAUCAUUGGUGUGGCUGGAAAUCAUUGGGAUGGCUAUUCUAAAGGUGUCAACAGAAAACUGGGAAGGACGGGCCUAUAUCCCUCCUACAAAGUUCGAGAGAAGAUAGAAACAGUCAAGUACCCCACAUAUCCUGAGGCUGAGAAAUAAAGCUUAGAUGGAUGAGAAAGACAACCAAACUCAGUUCAAACCGUUUGAGCCAAACAGUAGAUGAAGAAGGCCCCAACCUAACAACUCAUGGUUAAAUGAGUCAACACCCCCAGCGCCAGGAGCAGCUGGGAUCUGACAGAUGCUACAUUGGUGGAAUUCCUCUUUAACAAGGGCUACCGUGCCCUCAAAACCAUGCACAGUCCGAUAAUGUACUCACAUAUAACAUACAAACAGGUUGUUUUCUACUUUGCCCGUUCUUUCAAGAUUAUGUCCCCAUGAAACAAACACUGCCACAUUGUGUAAUUUAAGUGACACAGACAUUUUGUGUGAGACUUCAAACAUGGUGCCUAUAUCUGAGAGACCUAUGUGACCUAACGAGAUGACUCAAAUAGCUCCCUCCUGCGGGGAGCUUGAUUCUUAGCCAGUGGUGGUAUUGUAACCACUGAAUUCACUCCAAUCAACAGAUUCAAAAUGAGAAUGGAUGUUUUUGUCUGGAAUUUUUUUUUGAGUAAUUGUACCAGUUCAUCCACCUCAUCAUUAAUAAGUGAAGGAUACAACAGAAAAUAAAAUAUUCAUACUCCAUUAGGAACUUUUGUAAAACAAUACCAUGAACAGAUUCUUUAGUACUCAAUGUUUCCGGACAUUCUCUUUGAUAACAAAAAAUAAAUUUUAAAAAGGAA